GAGAAACAGCAACCACGGCAGCAGCAGUUAGCUGUGUUCGAUGCCGACGAUGAUUUGGAAGAAGAAGACCUCUUCGAUGAAGCAGAGUCUUUGAGUUCGGACUCAUCGGCAAAAUCAAGAGUUUGGGAGAGCGAACACGAAAAUGGUCGCACCUACCACUCCGUCAGCGCCGGAAAGUACCAAUAUCCGAACGACCAAUGGGAAAAUGACCGGCUAAACUUUCAGCACCUUAUCUGGACUCUCACUCUCGAAGGUAAAUUAGCGGUCUGCCCAGCUCACCAAACAGCGAAGCGUGUUCUGGACAUGGGCACUGGGACGGGCGUGUGGGCCAUAGCUUUUGCGAACGAAUUUAAGGAUGCCGAGGUCAUCGGUGUUGACUUGAGUCCCAUUCAACCUUCGUGGGCUCCUCCUAACUAUAAAUUUGAGAUUGACGACCUAGAAAAGCCGUGGGCCUGGCAUGAGCCAUUCGACUUCAUCUUCUGCCGGACAAUGGAAGGAUCGUUUGCUGAUCCGAAGCUGAUUAUUCAAGAGAUACACGACAAUCUGACACCUGGUGGUUGGUUCGAAGCCGGUGGUUUCGUCCUUCCAAUGGGCUGUGAUGACGGCAGCGUUCCCGAAGAAUCAGCACUGCGAAGAUGGCAUGACCUGAUGGCGCAAGCAGGCGAGCAGUGUGGACGUUCGAUCGAGAGUCCAUCGAAGUACAUCAAGGCCAUCGAGGACGCCGGAUUCGUUGACAUUGUAACCGAGAAAUUCAUCUGGCCCUUGAAUACGUGGCCCAAAGACAAGAGGUUCAAAGAGAUUGGGAGGUGGAUGGUUCUCAAUCUCGACAUGGGCAUAGAGGCACUGACUUUGGGUCUUCUUACGCGCGUCAUGGGUUGGACAAGGGAAGAGGUCUUAAAAUUGUGCGAUGACGUUCGGAAAGACUUGGCAAAGACGUGGUACCACGCAUAUUGGAACGUGCAUGUUGUAUAUGCUCGGAAACCACUAAAGAUCGCGAAUGACGAAGAAAGUCAGGGGGAGGCAAGUUCGAGUCCUCCACUUGAAUCAGCCGAAUCGCCUGAGCCGUCAAAAUCACCAGGAUCGCCUAAAUCACCAGAGUCACCCAAGUCAUCAGGAUCAUCUCAUUCGCCUCCGAGAAAACGGCAGAAAGGCCGUCAGGUUUCUCCAUACCCGUGA